CCUGGAAAAUAUUUGCCAAAAUGUUAUUUGUGUCCAGGGGAGAACGUGAGGAGAUAUGUUGCUGGUACCCCCGGUCCACCAGGACCCCCUGGUGCUCCGGGCCACGGCAGCUACGGAAUCAACACCCAGGAGGUGGCUGAACGUGUUCUCACCCUACUGAAUGAUAGGCAGGUGUUAGGUGUCCCCGGACCCCCUGGAACCCCUGGGCUACCUGGAGACUCAUACCCAGUUGUGGGUCCUCAAGGGCCUCCAGGUGUCCCUGGUAUCCCUGGUAGAGACGGUCCACCUGGACCACCAGGAUUUAGCAACGACAUUCGUGACUACCUGCACAGUGUGGAGUUUAGAGGUUUACCAGGUCCCCCCGGUCCCCCUGGACCAGAGGCUCCCCCUAGUGGUCUCCACGGACUGGUUUCCUUUGCUGAGUAUGCAAACAGAGAACCACCCACAGCAGAACAACAACAAUACAUCAACAGUGAUGGUAUGAGAGGAACUAUGUUCGGACUUCCUGGUGCACCAGGCCCUCCUGGACCCCCAGGACACAAGGGAGAGCCAGGCGAAUCUGGCACAAGGGACAGCAUCCUGGAUACUGGUGACUACUCCAGCAUGGCUGUCAAAGUAACUGAUUACAUAAAAUCCCACGGUCUGCUCCGUGGUGUUGCUGGAAACUCUGAACGUUUUGUUCAAGGACCUCCAGGACCUCCUGGACUUCCUGGAAUGCCUGGACAAAGCCAAUUGGCUAGCUCCCGUGAAAAUAUCAUGGAUGUUGUGGAAUACAUCAAAU